AGAAAACUACCAAGAUUAAAAAUACAUCAAUUUCACUUCUUCUUUUGAAAUACUACUUAUCAAAAUUUUGGUGCUUCUCGAUUAUCAUGAAACUUGUAAAAUACAGUACAAUCUAAAUGCCACAUCAAUAUCAUUAUAAUCAAUUCUUUUAAUUUCCAAAUACGAAAAAAAUGUUGGAAAGUUUUGGAAAAGUCUCAUAAAAAUCAGUAACAUUUGAAUCUAAUAUGGGCUUGAAGUCAUCAGUUGUGCCCAUGAUCUCAGCAAAGUCAAGUAUCCUCAACUCAUGCAGUACAAAAAAAUGUUCCAGUUGUAUGAACUUGAAACUCCAUAAUGAAAACACAUUCUGAAUCAUACUGAUGCCAAGUAAAAAAACGACUAGAGUCAUGAGAAAGUCAAAUAUUUUCAAUAACUUAUGCCUGCCCAGCAGGUUGUUGAAGAUGAAAAUGUUCUCAAACUUUACAAAAAGAAUGUUGAUGAUUGUGAUUGAAGAUUUGUCAGCUAUCCUUAACAUUUUCCAUGCAGAAGGCAUGGAUUGGUGUUCCUUUCAAAGCAUAUUCGAUGAACUGAGAAGGACAUCCAAUAUCAAACUGGAAAAAAUGCAGCUGAGGAAAAUUCUGAACAUGGCUUCAGUGCUUGGGAUUGUCUCUGUCAAUCAAAGGGAUAGGAAUCUGUUCAAACUGAGAAACGAUGCUCAAGGCUUCCUGCUUAUGGUCACACCGGAAUUUUCUCAAAGCUUAUAGAUGCUGGAAAACUUGGUGAAAAUCAGCAUAGUUUAUAUUGGAAAUUCAAAAAAGUAUUAAAAGAAGUCCUAUUCAAGA